AUGGUGGUAGUUCAGUGGUUUUUCUGUCCUUCUCUCAAACUUCCACUCUCCAUCCACCUUCCCCUGUGCCGUCGUCCCAAGCUCCGGCAAAAUCAGACCAUCACCCUUCCCUCCGCUGCUCCGCUGCUCCGCCGCUCCGCCGCCCUCGCCGUUGCGGCCCAGGCUCCACUUUCGAUCUUCCCCCUUCCCGCCCACCUGGUUGCGUUCAUUGGUGGCACUUCAGCAAAGACUUCUCUUUUGGUUAUUGCCUUGCCUGAAGGAUAA